AUGAACUACACUCAACGAAUACUGUUUUUCAACGGUGAAGACUCGCCCCCAGAAGCUCUCACCACAGGAGGCGGCCGACACAUCUUUGCCAUAUCCAAAACAGUGUUCAACUGGCUGUAUUCAAUAUCCCUGGGUUUAUUCUUUAUUGUGUUUCUGGGUCUUUGCUCAAUUGUUCCGAUAGACGUUAUUAUCAAAUCAAAAACUUCGUCGCAUCUUGCAGUUAAUACGCUCAUCGUGUUAAUUGCUUGCGGUCUGUUUGCCGGAUUGUGUAUAUUUAUAUAUGCGCUCCGGAUAUAUGUCCUGAGAGUUCAUCUCCAAGAUAUCCCAAAGCCCUACAUGCCCACUGAUGCCAACGAUAUACCGUCAAAGUGUGCCGUGUAUAUCAAAGAGCAACUCAUACGAUGCGAGAAGAUCACGGCAAGGGCAAUGCCCCACGAACUAGUCAAACAUCCAGGAUUAUACUAUCACAAGGACUACGACGAUGUUGAACAGAUUGACUUGUUUGGUGAGAAAGAGAAUGAGAAGAUCCAUAGGAAGACACCUAGCAAGUUGGUCGACCCGGCUGCUGGGUUUUUACCCAAUAAUCUGGUUUACGAGAACGUUGUCAGGAUCAUAGGCAACGAGAUCAAGUACAACGGGUACUUAGUUAUGGACAAUCGGGAAUGGGUGAAUGUUCCUCAGAAGAUGAGCUUCAGAGAGGUGAUGACGUUGAUGGACGAUGGCAACUUGGAACGUUCCGACCCGGCUUUAUUAGAGGAGCUUCUUUCUACUUACGAGCGAUUGAGGUUCAGCGGCCAGUUGAUAUCAGAAGAUGAUUUUCUGAAGUUCAUGGAGCUUCUUUCUAAGUGGAAGUCGUUGCAGAACGGAAGAUGA